UGUCUUCAGACAAGGAUGGCAACAGUGUGUGACAAGGAUGUAAUAGAUUUUAGUUCUAUAGUUUCAUCGCGACGCUUGCAUUUCAGUGUCCAAUUUUCAUUUGCAAAAAAAACUAAUUAAGAGGAUUAAUUUAUGAAUUUUUGCAACUGUAUCUUCGAUUUUUGGACUCUGAGCUUGCUUUCUAUGUCCCAUUUGGCCUGAAGAUGAACGAACAAAAACUUCAAGUUUUAAUUAAUAGAUUGAGUGAUCACUUUAUUGAUUAGAAACACACCGUAUGAAACGUACUAUAUGACGAAGCUAACAUAAAUAAAGUAUAAAUACAAUCAAAACGAUUUGUUUAAAAUUGAUUAAAACGAGAUGAUCUGUUAUAAAAUUAUCGUACAAAAUGUAUUUACAAAAUAUUUUACGCUACUAAUUGUAUGUUACUUGUAAAGUUAUUAACAGUUUAAUUGUACAUCCUUCUUAUCCUAAAAAUUACAAAGCAUUAUUUACGAAAUAAAUUGCAGAAAAUGUGUAAAAUAUAAAUCUAAUAUUUACGUUAACUUUAAUACAUAUUUUAUUGCACAUGUAUGGACACGUUUCUGCUGAAACAUACUAUGUUAUAUGUAUUAACUUUAACUAUUGUUUAAAUCGUACAAUUGUAUAUUGUGUCAGGCGUAAUAUCAGUAAUAAAUUAUAUAUAAAUGUGGCUUUUUUUUAAAAAUGUUAUUUAAACUAUGAAGUAAAAAUAAUAUUUAUCAUAUGCUGUACGUACAUGAACAUUGGUGUUGUGUUUUCACGGUUUCGUUCGAGGUAAUAUAAUCCAUUUUGUCAACUUUUGUUGACUAAACAGAAUACUACAUAUUUGUAUUAUAAAAAGAUUAGUAUAAGUGUUUACUAUGCAACUUGCUGAAAUCUACAACUACAUUCGUUCCUUUUCAACUCAACAUAUUGUACCAAAAGUAUGCAUUAUUGGUGCAGGACCAGCAGGGUUUUAUGCUGCCCAACAAUUACUAAAGACAAGCUCUAAUAUAAAAGUGGAUAUAUUAGAGAAAUUACCAGUACCAUAUGGUUUAGUGCGUUUUGGUGUAGCACCAGAUCACCCAGAAGUGAAGAAUGUUAUUCAUACUUUUGAGAAAACUGCAUCUAAUCCACGUUUUCAAUUUAUAGGAAAUGUUAAUGUAGGAAAAGAUGUUACUAUAAAGGAAUUGCAAGAAAUUUAUCACGCAGUUUUAUUAACAUAUGGUGCCGAAGAAGAUAAACUAUUGAAUAUACCUGGAGAAAAUUUAAACAAUGUAAUAUCAGGACGACGAUUUGUCGGUUGGUAUAAUGGGGUACCAGCAGAUAGUAAUCUAAACAUUAAUUUAGAUGUAGAAGAAGCCGUUAUAUUAGGACAAGGUAACGUUGCAAUAGAUAUUGCACGAAUUCUAUUAACACCGGUAGAUAAAUUAAGGAAUACCGACAUAACAUCAUUUGCAUUGGAAAAAUUGUCGAAAAGUAAAAUACGAAAGGUAUCGCUAAUAGGAAGAAGAGGACCAUUACAAGCUGCAUUUACAAUUGCUGAACUAAGAGAAAUAUUAAAAUUAGAUGGCUGUAAGACUUGUUGGCGUGUAGAUGAUUUUACAAAUGUAAAUCAAGUAGUUAAUACUUUAGCUAGGCCACGGAAAAGAUUAACCACGCUUAUGUUGAAAUAUUUAGAAGAAACAUCUUCAGAUACGGAAGCAACGACAAAAAGAUUAUAUCCAAUAUUUUUAAGAAGUCCUGUAGAAUUUUUAGGUUCUAAUACAGUACAUAGUAUUAAACUGUCAGUCAACAGUCUUGAAGGUAACGACGUAUUUACCCAAUUUGCUGUAUCUACUGGAUUAUUUGAAGAGAUUGAAUGUGGUCUUGCAUUUCGUAGUAUUGGUUACAAGUCUGUUCAAAUAGAUGCAUCAAUACCAUUUGACAUAAAAAUUGGUCGUGUUAAAAAUAUAGCAGGUAAAGUUCAAGAUAAACUUUACGCUGCAGGCUGGGUUGCAACAGGUCCUGUGGGAGUUAUAUUAUCAACAAUGACAAAUGCAUUUCAAAUUGGUACAUUAAUGAAUAAAGAAUUACCAAUUACAGAAAAUAAACCAGGUUUUGUAGGUUUGUCUAAAAUACUUGCUCAAAAAGGAAUACCUAUAGUCUUAUACAACGAUUGGAAAAAAAUAGACAAAUUAGAAUGUGAAAGGGGAAAGAUAUUAGGGAAGCCAAGGGAAAAAAUAGUUGAUAUCAAUGAAAUGUUAGAGAUUGCUUUAAAAUAAUAAAUGCAUAACAAUUAUUUAUAAAAAAGCAAAAACCUUUUACUUUUUAAUAAGUCUCAUUAUAUACCUGUUAAUUUUACUUAAUUUUU